CAUGCUCUGAUUGGACCCUGUUCUCCUAUUGGUUGACAGUCUGAAUGACCCUGAACACACCUGAAAGAUGUUAGACAGGUGAGUUUCAGUCGACACAGAACAAGAGUGAGUGAAGGAGGAUACUAGCUUUGGACUGACGCAGAGGAAAGAAGUAUCUUCAGGACGAUGGGUCAGGCUCACAGCUCCUCUCCUCAGGUACUUACCUGGCUGACAGGUGAUACUGAUGGGUUUGGACUCUGCUGGGAAGUCGACUCUGCUCGCUCGACUGCUGACAGGACAGGAGAUGGAAACAUCUCCAACCAUCGGAUUCAACGUAGGGACUUUGGACCUGGACAAGAAGACAUCUUUGACAGUGUGGGACGUCGGAGGACAGAAGAGCAUGAGACCAAACUGGAGGUACUUCCUGGACGACUGUAAGGCUCUGGUGUUCGUGGUGGACAGCACUGAUCGUGUUCGGAUGCACGAGGCUCAGAAGGUGUUGAAGAAGGUUCUGUGUGAUGAGAAGUUACGAGGGAUUCCUCUGAUGGUUCUGGCCAACAAGAAGGAUCUGCCAGACUCCAUGACCAUCCGAGAGAUUUCCAACCAGCUGGACCUGGACUCUCACAAUGAGCGGCUGUGGGAGGUUCAGGCCUGCAGCGCUCUGAAGGGACUAGGACUCCAGCAGGCCUUCAUCUCUGUGCAUAAGAUGAUCAAGAAGAGCUGAGAGGAGGAGAGGAGGAGAGGAGGAGGAGAGGAAGGAGGGAGGAGGAGGGGAGGAGGAGGGGAGG